UCCUUGACAAGAAUCAUCAAAAUAAUUAUUAUUUACGAAAGGGAAAUCAUGUCUCUUCGUUUUCUGAUCAAGCUGAAGAUUCGGUGGGCAAUUAAUGAUAUUCAGAAGAUCUACUACCCAGUCUUAGCCGCGUUUGGUGUCCCAGUUAACGUGAUUGCAAUAACGAUCCUGGUUUGGGGAAAGUGUGGCCUUUCCAAAUGUGUCACUAAUUACCUGGUGGCCAUGGCAGCAGCGGAUCUAUUGGUCAUUAACUUCGAUCUGAUACUACGACAAAUUCCUAUUGCGUAUCGGGCAGAGUUUCUUUUCCUGCAUUAUGUUCCCUUGUGCAACAUCCAUGCUGUUAUACUUUAUGCUGCCACAGACUGUUCUGUCUGGUUCACCGUCAUGUUCACCUUUGAUCGGUUUGUGGCCAUAUGCUGCCAAAAGUUGAAAAGUAGACAUUGCACCAAGAAAACAGCGUGUGUGGUUUUAGGAACAGUGACGGUGUUGAGUUGUUUGAAAAACAUUUUCUGGUAUUUCAUGUAUUACCAUCAAUAUUGGCUUUUUAAUGAUCCAUGGUUCUGCAAGGUACCUCAAAAUGUAAUUACUUCAAUUGCCUGGACCAUCGUUGAAUUGAUGCAUUACAUAAUAACGCCAUUAUUUCCAUUUAUUUUGAUUCUACUGUUAAACACUUUGACUGUCAGAAACAUUUUAGUAGCCAACAGAGCUCGGAGGAGACUGCGGGGUCCAACGACUGGGGACAGUCCCAUAGAUCCAGAGAUGGGCAGUCGUAAGAAAUCCAUGAUUAUGUUAUUUAUUAUUUCGGGCAAUUUCAUCGUGUUAUGGGUGAUGUUCAUUGCUUAUUCCAUAUUGAAACGAUUUGAUUGGUUGGGGUAUCCAGUUCCUCUCCCAACAUUCGUGAGAGAGAUUGGCUUCAUGCUCCAGCUCCUGAGUUGCUGCACGAACACCUUCAUUUAUGCAGUUACCCAGAGGAAAUUCAGAGAAGAGUUAAAGAAUGGAAUAAUGCGUCCCUUCACAAAUUUGGUCAAAGUAAUUUGAUGCGACCUCAUGCUCCCAAGUUAUUUGUGAAAUAAUUACAUAUCUGGGUGCACACAGCGAUCAGUGUUGGGGUAUUGUCUGCUCCUGAUUUAUGUAUGUAACUUAGAUUCUAGUGUAGAAGGGAUGAUGAGAAAGUUUGCAGAUGAUACAUUAAAUUGGUGGGUGGUCGAUAGUGCCAAAGAUAGCUGUAGAUUACAGGAGAAUGGAAACGGCUGAUCAGAAGGGCAGAGCUGAGCAAAUGUAAUGCAAUCAGUAUCAGUGUAAGUUUUUUUGAAAAUUCAUUCACGGGACGAGGGCAUCGCUGAACAGGCUGCAUUUAUUGUGCAUCACUAAUUGUCCAGAAGACAGUUCAGAGUCAACCACAUUGUUUUGGUGCUGGAGUCACUUGUAGGGUGAUAGUUUCCUUCCCUAAAGGACAUUAGUGAACCAGAUGGGUUUUCCCUGACAAUUGGCAACAGAUUCAGAGUCAUCAUUAGACUGGGCUUUCCCAGAUAUUAUAUCUGAUUCAAAUUGCACCAUCUGCUCUGGUGGGAUUUGAACCCUGGCCCCCAGAACAUUAUUUGGGUCCAAUGAAUUAACAGUCCAGCAGUAAUUCCACUAGGCCAUCACCUCCCCUGCUGAUGUAACUGAAGUGGGUAAAGAAGGCAAGGGGUGGUAUGAUGAACAGUUGGACCUUGGGGAACACAGAGGAUAAGAGGGACCUUGAUGUGCAUAAUCAUUAGCCCCUUAUCAUGUCAGGGCAGGUGAAUAAAUUAGCUGUGAAGACACAUUUUUUACUUGCCAUUCACAUUCUUGAUUUCGAGAUUAAUAGCAGGCAUGUGAUGCCGGACCUGAGUUCAACACUGCUACACCCUCAGCCUGAGCAUGGUGUGCUGUUCUGGAAUCAUAUUUCAGGAACGAUGGGUUAACACUGGAGAAGGUGCAGAGGAGAUUCACCAGGAUGAAGCCUGGGCUGGACUCCUUCAGCCAUCAGGGGAUUUUGAACAAGUUUUGGAGUUGUUUUCCUUUGAGCAGGGGAGAUUGUGAGGGGGACAUAAGUGAAAUGUAUCAAAUUAUAAAGGGUAUGUGUACAAUAGAGUGCACGAAAGGUUUUCUCCUUGAUGGAGCUGUCAAUGACCAGUCACAUUGAUUUAUGUUAAUGAGCAGCAGGUUUACAGGAGACGUGAGUAAAAACUUUUCACCCAGUGUUUGGUGGGAAUCUGACUCUCGCGGUCUGUAGGUUUUCUGGGCACAGAAACCCAUAUAAUAUGAAAGAAGUAUUUCAGAAUUAGAUAAGCCCUGGCAGUGUCCAGGCAUACAAAGACAGGGACCAAGGUCAGGAAAAUGGGUAUAUUAGUGCCUUGUCUUGUGCUGCAAAUCUCCAAGACUCGAUAGCUAUUAAACUGACUGUACGCAAUGUGUAGCCAGCUUUCCGUUCCCUGAUAGAUUGGCAGUAAGCUGUGGCUCUGACAAUGUCAAUGCAACACAGCCUGAGUCUCUACUGUCUGUGCUCACUAUGGGUAUUUUCUACAGGACGCGAUGAAAAUUACCUUGAAGAAGGAUUUGUUGUGUCCCGUUUCCCUUGGAGAUGGGUGUUGCAAAGGUGUCUAGGUAUCUGCUUCAUGUAAAGCUGAGUAUAUCGCUUUGUUUCGUUUUUAAAGUAAACAAGAGGAGUAUGUGUUGUUGGAGUCGAGCUCACACAGACCCAGGGUUUUAUUAUAUUUUAUUAUCUUACAAGCAGUUGCUGAAGAUGGGCUUUUUGAAUUUGAAUCUGCUCGAUACAGCUGUACCUCUGCUACUGCAUACAUGUUUGAGUUCUUUCACUGCUGCUGGAAUCAUUCUGUUGAUAUUCCUUCUCUUGGAAUCAGGGAGAUAACAGUUGUGGGGAAUCCAUUUUCCUGAAUGGGCCUUUGCCAAUGCUUUAGUUAUGUGAUGCUUCCAUAUUAGAACAGUUGAUGACUACUCGUUAAAUAAUAUUUCAGCUUGUGAAGUAUUUUCACAGAGGUAAAUUUACGUCAAUUCUUCUUCGUUUGUUUGCAUUUUUA